GAACAAAGCGCAUUCUGCAGUUUUCUGCCAGGAGCUGUGUGUGAGAUGUAGCAGGAGCUGCUGCAUCGCGACAUGAGUGGAGUCCGCCGAGGGUUGACCUGACAAAUCUGCGAAAGCCUUUGUUGGAAUUUAGGGGAUCUAUCACAAAGGGGCUGCCUUAUAUUUUUCGUGAAACCUGAAUCUCGAUAUUCUGCUGUGAGAGAUCCUGCCAGGUUUUUACCAUGCAGCGUGAAGACGAGCCCAGUUAGGGACUCUCUCACUAGCCUGUUAGCUGUCAGCUGGACCAGCGAACAAGCGGCCUCUAUCGCUCUCAAACGCAGGCUACUUCCACAUCACCGAGGUAUCUGACGAGACCCAGACAUAUCCCCAGCUAUGGAUUUCAGCAAGUCCUUCACCUUGUGGAUUUUAUGUCUAUGCUUGCUGGGAGAGAGCCUAACAGAGAAGCAAGGUCCUGCUGAUGGAGAGCAGCAAACAGACCAUCACUCCGACCUGUGUCGUAUUGAUGAGCCGCUGUGCCAGGAUGAGAAUGCUAUCCUCAGCUUCACAGCCAUCUGCAGCAUCCACAAGCAGAUGGACGACGAUGCCAAUGGAAACGUGGAUGUAUCAGAGACGGACGGGUUCUUGAGGGAGGACCUGAAUUACCAAGACCCCAAAGGCAAGCACAACAGUUUCCAUGGCGACGACCAGUUCAUCAGCGUGGCAGACCUGUGGAAAGUCUGGAAGGGCAACAAAGUGUACAACUGGACGGUGGAUGAGGUGGUGGAGUGGCUCAUCUCCUACGUGGAGCUGCCACAGUACGAGGAGUCCUUCCGAAAGAUGAACUUCAAUGGCAGUGCCCUGCCUAGGUUAGCAGUGAAGAACUCCACAUUGACCUUCACCCUCCUGAAUAUCCUGGACCGCCAUCUUGCCCAGAAGAUCCAUCUGAAGGCCCUCGACACAGUUCUGUUCGGACCCCCUUCAAUGAACAGACACAACCACCUGAAGGACUUCAUGCUGGUGGUGUCCAUCGUGAUCGGCAUGGGCGGCUGCUGGUUCGCCUUCAUCCAGAACCGCUACUCCAAGGACCACAUGAAGAAGAUGAUGAAGGACCUGGAGGGCCUGCAGCGUGCCGAGCAGAGCCUCCACGACCUCCAGCAGAAGCUGCAGAUAGCUCAGGAGGAGCACCGCACGGUGGAGGUGGAGAAGGUGACUCUGGAGCAGAAGCUUCGUGACGAGAUCAACAGCGCCAAGCAGGAGGCCUCGCGGCUCCGGGAGCUCCGGGAGGGCACCGAGAACGAGCUCAGCAGACAGAAAUAUGCAGAGGAGGAGCUGGAACAGGUGCGCAUGGCCCUGAAGAAGGCUGAGAAGGAGCUGGAGUCCCGUAGUGGCUGGUCUCCUCCCGAGUCUCUGCAGAAGUGGCUGCAGCUCACGCACGAGGUGGAAGUGCAGUACUACAACAUCAAGAAGCAGAACGCAGAGAGACAGCUGCUGGUGGCCAAGGAAGGGGCGGAGAAGAUUAAGAAGAAAAGGAAUACGCUCUUCGGGACCUUCCACGUGGCGCACAGCUCCUCACUGGACGACGUGGAUCACAAGAUCCUGGCCGCAAAGCAGGCACUAGGCGAGGUGACGGCCGCGCUGCGCGAGCGCCUGCACCGGUGGCAGCAGAUCGAGAUCCUGACAGGCUUCACGAUCGUCAACAACCCGGGCCUGCCCUCGCUGGCCUCGGCCCUAAACCUGGACCCGGCGUUCAUGGGCGGCCGCGCCACGCCGCAGCCCUUCCUCCUCUCCGACGACAUGGAUGACAUGGACGACGAGUUUGUGGCGCCGGGAACCCUCCAAUACGCCGCCUGGGUCAUGGAGCGCCGAGCGAGCGACUUGUGGUCCCUGGGCUCGGACAACCAGUCCCUGUGGAAAUACUCCGCUCCCAGUAUGAUGUCCCUGCGCCAACGCCACAUGGACCCACAGCUGGCCAUGGGCUCCCAGAGGUUGGUAGAGGGCUGUCUGCUGGGGGGAGGAGGAGGAGGAGGCUCCCAGAGCCUGGAGUCUGGUGGAGGUGGCCCCCACCACUCUCACCCCUCCCACUCCUCCCACCCCUCCCACUCCCACUCGUCCCACCCUCACGGCCCACAGCCGCGCUCUAGGCCCCCUCUCCUGCAGUCCCGCAGCCAGUCCUUUGGCUCCUGUGACUUCGGCUCGUCUGGCCUGCUCCUGUCACCUCCUCCUUCUGUUCCUCCCUCCAUCUCGCAUCCUUCCAUCCUCUGCACCUCCUCUUCCUCUGCGCCUCCCUGCUCCUCUUCUUCAUUGGCUGCUCCUGCUGGUCUCCAUCUGUCCCUGUCCUCCACUUCCAGUGCCUCUGUCUCCCCUCAUUCCCCGUUCUACCAUCCUUAUUAUUUCCAGCCGGUGGACUCCUCUCCGGACCACCCCCCUGACAGUAUCAUCCCCCAUGCGCGUUCACACCGCUCUGGAAGUCAUGGAGACCUGAACCGGUCGGAUUCGGACUCCUCGCUGUGCAUCUCCCAGACGGGCGAGCAGCUGCGCAUGUCCGCCUCGUACGGAGGCUCCAAGGGCUUCAUGGCCAAGCCCACCUCCCUCAUGCAGCACGGUGGGCCGGGACGCGUGGACGAGAUGGGGCCCCUGCACACCACCACCACCACCACCACCACCCCCAGCAGCGGGAGCUACCACACGCCCAACGGGGGUAACCGCGUGCCCGACGGCUCCCAAGACGGCAUGACCCCCGACAGCCCCAUCCUCAUGAAGAAGAUCUACGGCAUCGAGAAGUCGGCUAGCCUGGGCGAGAUCAACAGCAGCCAGGCCCAGGUGCUUUCCAUGUCCGAGUCCUCGCGCUCCCUGAGUCCGAACUCCACCGACCCGGACACGCCCUCCCCCACAGGGCAGGCAGGGAUGGCGGGGGUGCCCCGAAAGGUCGACAGCCGCAUUCCCCAGCUCUCCUCCAAGAAGAGCCCCCUGGAGGACGACAGCGGAUCUACAGGCGAAGACACUGACUCGGUCGCCAGCCGCAAGAAACACACCUUCAAGAUCUUCAAGAAACAGAAGAAGUAAAAUAUAUAGAUAUAUAUAUUGAAAAAACACAAAAAAGCUGAAAAAUAUUAUUAUUACAAUAAUGGUUUUAAAAAAGAACAGAGAACUCUGGACUGCUUUAUAGCUGUCAAGGCUAAUUUGUUUUCAUUUUUGUUUUGUUUGUUCUUUAUUUUUUUGAUGUUGAUGGUAAAAGAUUUUAUUUUCUGUUCUCAAAGCAAAUGUCCAAAAUAUAUGUAUUCAGAUUUUUGUUGUUGUUUUUUGAAUUUCUGGUUACAAGCGAUGGCACAAGCAGUUGCCUUUUGAACGAUUUUGUAAGGUACAUAGAUAUGUUUUUCCUAGGAACUUUGGGAGCAACCAGCAAAGUCAUUGAUGUCAUUGCGUUGCUUUUUUUCUCUGUGGGUCAAAGAAACAGUCCGCCAUUUUUGAGAUAUUACACCUCGCCUGGAGUUAAACAAUAUUCUCCUAUCUCUUCUUCCAGCCUUUCUCUAAUUCUGGAUAUAAUACUUCUUGGCAUGUGUCACUGAAUGCAAUGGAAACAGUUGCUACCAUUCAGUUUUGGGACCAUCCAGUUCAAUGAUACUGGCUGAAAAGUGACGUCACCAUACUCAGAGAAUGGCUGGAAGAAAAAGAGAAAGGUGAAACUCAGGGAGGUGUAAAAUGAGCACAUUUCUAAAAAUGGUAAACUGUAAUGACAAAGAGUCUGUCCUCUUUUGGGGUUUGGGGUUUAUGUGAUGAUGCACAGCACUAUUUAUUCUGCAGGAAACGGUGCCAGUCUUGUAGGGGAAAACACACUCGUCCUCCUCUCAGACAAAACUCUUUUGAUUUCAUGAGCUUUUUUGCAUGUCUUUAGCAUUGUUUUGUUGGAAAAAAAAGAUAUUGAAUGUUCUUAGGUGUUUGCUUGACACACGUCGCUCACGACACAAACAAACAGACACAAGCUAUAUUUCCGUUGUUCUCUCUGUCUUCUCUCUGCUCCUCUGCUACCUUUUACACACACACACACACACACACACACACACACACACACACACACACACACACACACACACACACACACACACACACACACACACACACACACACACACACACACACACACACACACACACACACACACACACGGCUAUAGAUUAAGAACACAAUUCCACGCUACCCCCUGUGUUCCUUGGUCAGAAGGUGGAAAAGGGCUGAGCUAUAUAUAUUUAAUAUAUUAUAUAGUAAUAUAUGUGUAUAUAGAUAUAUGAUAACCUUCCUAAAUAACUUCUGCUGAUGCUAAAUUUGUUGUAACCGUCCAUGUUUACCAAUAUCUGGAGGCAAAAAAAUAAAGCAUAAAAAGCUGAUAAGGCCUUAGGGGAUUCUAAGAAGACAUUUUUAAACCAGUUCAUUAUUUUCCACUUUGUUUAACUGUGGAGACCAAAUCACUCAGACAAAAAAAAGGUAUCGAACCCACUUAUAUUAUGCAGAGCUCCAAAAAAAAGAAUGUAUUUUUAAAAGAUGUUUGGCAGACUAUUCCUUGUCUUCCCCAUAGACAUGUAUCUGUAUAUGAUGUCUAUGGUGUGCUCCUUGUUUUGUUUUCUGUUUAUCCACACCUAGUUGACUCCCAGGGCCACGCUCUGACUUUGGAUGCAUGCAGGUUACGUCAGCAUGCACAAAAGUAGAGUCCUCCGGCCAGUAGUGUAUAGACACUGUAUUGAGUAAGUUAUUUAAGUCAAAUUAUAUCUGCGUAUUUCCUUGUAGGUCCAAGUCAUAACCACUGGUCAUACCUGGGAAGAGCUUGCUUAUACAGUAUCAUAGUGCGUUGGGAUUGGUUGGGUGUUUUUCCUUUUGUUUUUAAAUUGUAUCACAAAUUGUCCUGAGAAUAUGUGGAUGGAAUGUAUCAAUCCAGUUCUGAAGUGCCAAACCAAAGACGUAGUUUAGAAAUGUGCUGUUUUUGUUUAUAAUAUCAAUUGGUAAUAUCCGAUUUUGGAUCAGUGUCAGACCUUUGGUACAAAAAGACUUUUUGGAAAAGAUUUUCAAUCUUAUCAAAUUUCACAAUUGUUUUUCAUCUGACAUUUUUUUACAGAAUUUUUAUAUUUCCUAUGGCAGUUAAAGGUGUGCUCCUCAUCCGGUAUGUCUUCCAGGUACCAUGAGCCACCCCAUCUCCCCCCUUGCUCAUACAGUACUCCGGUCCGCUGGUGCUCAGCUAACUCAAGCACACUAUUACACAACUCCUCCAAACGAUGUUUACAUAGCAACAGCUGGUAACUCUCUAAAAGGGCCUACAAGAGUAUCGUCUCCUUCUACUGGUUGCCACUAUGCAUUUGUCUGAAGGGUAUUUUGAAUUUCCUCUCUUCCCCCGUAAUGUUCUCAAUUGGCUGUUUUUGCAGAGGUGUCAAGAGUGCCUUGAAUUAAGGAAAAUCAUGAAAUGAAUCAACGUUAAAUGUUCUUGAUUGUUGUUAAAAUAAAAAAAACUUUUUAACGAAUUUCAAAUCUGUUAAGCUCCCAAAAUUCCUGAGAAAGUUUCUCAGCACUGCACAGUCAGGGCUCUUCUGGGCUCUCUUCCGUUUGUCACGGUCCUUCUCCCUUCUCCCUCCUCCUCCCUUCUCCUCUUCUCCUCCCUCCUCCUCCCUUCUCCCUCCUUCUCCCUUCUCCCUUCUCCUCUUCUCCUCCCUCCCCUUAGUGUGGAGUAUAAGCGGUGGUAUGGAUGUACUUUGAGAGCGUGUCGUCAGAGUGUAAAAAAACCCAACGUUUAUUCCAUCUAGCAAAAUUAUAACAACCGUGUGGUGUAGGUCAUCUCUGAAGCGUCAUUCGUACAGUACCUCUCUUGCACGAAAAAUGCUAUAAAUGGAUCUUUGCUCAGUGUGUUUGUGUGAAUGUGUGUGUGUGUGGUUUGCGUGAAAAAGACUGUAAGAAUGUAUGUGUGUGUCUGUGUGUAUGUACAGUAUGUAUGAGUGGUGAUCUUUAUCUGUUACCCGAAAAAAAAUGCACUGCAAAUCUGUUGAUGCAUGUUUUAAAACCUGUUGCAACACUCGUGCUGGGUCCAGGGAGCGACUACUAUGUGAGCAGUUAUUUAUCUACUUCCUCCCUCUGAGCUUCUUCUAUUUGUGAUUGUGCAUUUGUACGGGGGGGAAUUGAAGAGUUUUGCAUCUUCUGUGACUCCAAGUAUUUGGAAUUUUAUGGCACUCCUGCAUGAAAGCAAUAAACUGUUUUAAAAGAAA